CUUGUAUCAAAAGUUUUGAAAUUCAGAUUAACAAAAUUAUAUAAAAAGCUAAGUCCUCUCAAAGUCUAACACACACUUGACACACACAUUCAACUUCACUCAAUUUGAAACGACAUGGCUGAAUAUCUUGCAAGCAUUUACGGUACAGAAAAGGACAAAGUAAACUGUUCCUUUUACUUUAAGAUUGGCGCGUGUAGACACGGUGAACGCUGCUCUAGAAAGCAUGUCAAGCCUACGUUUUCACAAACGGUUCUGAUUGCCAACAUGUAUAAGAAUCCAGCUCACGAACAGUUUUGCACGUUGACACCGGAGCAAAUGCAGGAAGACUUUGACCUCUUUUAUGAAGAUGUUUUCACGGAACUAGCUACGUUUGGAGAAGUUGAGGAAAUGAUCGUUUGCGACAAUAUAGGUGAUCACUUGGUGGGCAAUGUGUACUGCCAGUAUCGUUACGAAGAAGCGGCAGGCAAUGCAGUAGAAAGCUUGAAUGAUCGAUUUUAUGCAGGUCGACCAUUGUAUGCCGAACUAUCGCCAGUAACGGAUUUCAGAGAAGCGUGCUGUCGACAGCAUGAGAUUGCAGAAUGUAAUCGUGGAGGCUUUUGCAACUUUAUGCAUCUAAGACACCCGUCAAGACCUCUAAAACGAGAUCUUCAGGACGGGCAGCGGCUGUCGAUUCGAGAAAAAGAACGGGAAGCUCGUUCGUCACACAGGGAUGACGAUGACAGAAGAAGUUCUCGACAUCAUGAGGAUGACCGGCACUAUCGCCACAGACACGAUGAUGGCUUCUGAUCUAUCUGUCUCUGUCUCUCUCUCCUGGCUCACACAACAAACCACAAACAACCAUCAUAGUAUAAACAUAUAUACGCAUAUAAAUUAGCACAUUCUCUGUUCUUUUCCCUUUUCCACAUAAAAAACUGUUAGAUAUCCUUUCUACUAUCUCUCUUUGCUAUAGGUUGCAUCACUCUUAACUGCAAUAAUAAAAAAAAACAACUGGACAAAAAGUGAUCAAUCAGACAACUGGAGCUUGCUGGGAAAACCUAAGCGGAGUUUCAUUGGAUUUUUUCCAAAGCGUUUGAAAAACGCGUAAGGUUGAGAAAAGAAAGCGUGUUCCU